AUGUCGCCCAAUGGUUCUUCAUUUCUCGUAAAUUUUCGCCAUCUGUUGCACAAACGAUUACCGAUUUUGAAAUGGUUUCCCGCGUAUCGUUGGCGCGAGGAUUUAAUCGGUGAUCUCACUGGAGGUUUCACGAUGGGUGUCAUGCAUGUCUCUGAGGGCAUGGCAUACGCCCCAUUGACCGGGCUGAGACCAGUGAAUGGACUGUUCACAUCCCUUUUCCCUGCUCUAUUCUACAUGUUUUUCGGAACAUCGAAACACGUUUCUGUUGGCGGUUUUGCGGUGAUCUGUUUGAUGGUCGGUUCAACAAUCUCUCGCGUGACCCCGAGAAUUCUGGACACGAUGAAUGUGGAUAAUUCUACAAUGGACAGCAAAGAGCUUGAUCGACUUACGUAUGAAGUGAAUGUCGAGGUGGCUGCCGCGUUGACACUUGGUGUCGGGAUUGCACAGAUCGUGAUGGGUUUGUGCCAACUCCACGUGCUCAUCUCAUUUCUCAGUGAUCAGGUGAUUGCCGGCUUUACCACUGGUGCCGCAGUGCAUGUGAUGACGUCACAACUCGAUAAAGCCAUUGGAGCUCAUAUCCCGCACCGCGAUGGCCCAGGGAGACUGUUUUUGGUGUACUCAGAUCUGGCCACCUCUCUGUUCACCUUUCAUUUCCAUCUUCUAACCACUUGUCUCUCAAUCUUUCUCAUCUUUUCCCUCUUCGUGCUCAAGAAUUUGAUUGAUCCCCGUCUUCGAUCAGCUCUUCGACUCACCGUCCCACUUCCCUAUGAUCUUACAUUGAUGUUGUUGGGCACGAUGUUCAGCCGCUUCUUCUCACUCUCCGAUCUCUAUGGAGUGGCUAUUAUUGGAAAUAUACCAACCGGCUUGCCAACCCCAUCACUUCCCGACUUCUCUCUUCUCUCCUACCUCUUGAGUGAUUCCCUCUCAAUUGCCCUUAUCAUCCUCGUCAUUCACAUCUCAAUGGGGAAACUUUUCGCUAAAAAGCAUCUCUAUAAACUGGACGUGAAACAGGAAUUCUAUGCCAGUGGACUCACCGAAUGCCUUUGCUCACUUUUCCCCGUUUAUCCUCCUUCAACUUCUCUUGGUAGAUCGCUUGUCGGAGAGGCAGCUGGCGCAAAAACUCUUUUCUCAUCGAUUUUCGCUUCAUCAAUGGUGGUGGCAGUGAUUCUCUUUUUGGGGCCAGUUCUCGAGCCAUUGCCAACCUGUGUGCUUGCUUCAAUUGUGAUCGUCUCUUUGCAAGGAAUGUUCCGUCAACUCGGGCAAAUCCCUCAUUUGUGGAGAAGGAAUCCAAUUGAUGCAAUAGUCUUCAUCGUGACCCUGUUUGGUACGGUUUUUAUCGAUAUCGUGGCCGGCUUGCUUAUCGGAGUGAUCUUCGUCCUGGCUACCGUAAUCUUCAGAACGCAACGGAGUGGAUUGACGAGAAAUGGGACCGAUCCAUCGUUGGAGUCAGGGGGAACGAGUGAAACAUCUCAAUGUUGUUUCACUUCACUGGACUCCUCUCUAUCACUUCGUCUAACCGCUCCUCUCAUUUUUCUCAAUAUUGAUCAAUUCUGGAAGACGUUGAAGAGGAUUUUAAAGGAGAAUCCAGUGCCAUUAGCUAACAUUGAUCUGAAUGGCUCGAAUCUGAAGGGAUUGAAGGUCAAUCUGCUUGUAAUUGAUUGUCAGUCGAUGAUUGCCAUUGACACAAUGGGAGCAAAGGCUAUUUAUGAGGCUUUCAACUACAGUCAGAAUCGUGGUUACACUGUGCACUUUUGCGGGCUGAAUGAAAGCGUGCUUUGCGUCUUGCGUAAAUUCCCUCAAUUCGAUGCUUUGGUGGAUUCAUUUUGCGAGCAGAAACUC